CUCAUUUUUCCACGGUUCAGCCACCAAAUACUCUCCCCUCUCUUCUGCCUUUUGCGCCAAACACCUACCUCCUGUUAAGAUUUGUAGAUCCCAUCACCGUCCGACCUCAUAUUCAAAAUCCAACUUCAGGGCCAUUCUUCCCGCGUCUGGGCUCCCUUGCCUUGCAUUUUUUGGGCCGAUCGGCAACAAAAAAUGUUCCGGUAACGUUUCCGGUGACUUUUUACCGAUCUUUCGAUGAAGCCCCAACCUGGUUUUUGCUCUGUGUUGCGUGUCAUGUCCCUAUUCUAGCCGUCUAAUUGAGUCUCCUGGUUGGUUUUCUCCUCCUUGCUUCUGACUUAGUGGAGAAUUGACAUUUAGGUUGUGAUUGGGGUUUUAAAGAUGAUUGUUGCUUUAUUGAGAACAUAAUGCCACUAUUAGGUUGUUAGACAUGCUUUGAACUAUCAUCUCUAUCGAAUGUGUUGGCUUGGUGCCCUGUGUUGGGUUUGUAGUAUAGGUUCUCUUUACAAACUUUAUCUAGCUAGUCUGAAACCAGCCCUGUUGCCAUGCUUUUGGACUCUUAGCUACCAUGUUUUUUAGAGGCCGAAUCCUCUAGGCGUGGACCUCUCCGCCUUCUACUCCACCAUCUCAAAGUUUCAAGAUAUUUUGGAGCAAGUGGACAAUUCGAUCUUUGGAGUUACGGCCAGACCUUGCAAGUUACGGUCUGGCCCGUAAAUCACCUAGAGGAUCCAUAAGUUGCAAGUGGAAGAAUGAAGAAGUUCCAGGAGGCUUCUUGGAGUUACGGGUUGACCUUCCAAGUUACGAUCAAGGCCGUAACUCAGCCUGGGAACUCGUACUCUUGGGAAGCAUCGACAUCAGUUCCAGAAGCACUUUCGGAGUUACGGUCUCCCUCUCCAAGUUAUGGUCGAGACCGUAACUCUCCAAAGGAAGCUGUAACUCUUGGACAAGGAAGUGAAACAACGGCGCCGUUUCUCAACAAGUUACGGGCUGUCAAGCCGAGUUACGGCCGUAACUUAGGGAUUGGAUUCUUCUGAGUUCCUAAGGCAGAAAACAAACCCUAGAGAGAGAUAGUGACGAAAAGAAACCCUUGGGCAAGGAUUGGAGCGAUCUAAAGACCUCGGAGCUCGAUUCCCAAACUUCGGAGUACCAAUUAUUCGCUAGUACCAGUUGUCCAUUAUCGUCUUGAUGAUGUCUACUCCGAGAAUGACGUUCUCACAUCUCUUCAUGGAGUAAUUUUCCAUUCCAUCUAGGUAUGAAGAACCCUAGCUGUGUAUGUUAGGAAUGAUUGUAUGAACCCCAUGGUAUGAAUGAUUGAUUGGAUAAAUUCAUUUGAGGAAUUAUUCAGAAUUGCAUGAGUCCUGAUCAAACCUGCGUAAUUCCGGCUUUAACCUAGAAUGAUAGUCUCUGCAUAGGUUAAAAGAGCAACCUUGAAUUGAAAGUGGCGAAUCGAUUGCUUUAGUCGAGAAGUCAAUUCACUGCUCCGUACUGGAACAUAAGGCCAGUAGUGGAAGUUUCGCGUGAUUUUCCUUGGUUAGUGUAUGCCAGUGUAGGUUAGUCCCUAUCGGGUUUUCGAAUCAAGAGGGUCUGGAACA